AUGUCUCAAAUAAAUUAGAACUUAAUCGAUUCACCUUAGUUGCCAACUUCCAUGACGGAGACAUUCUUUAAAAAGUCAAUUAAUAAACAGCAUAAUAUUAGCCAGAAACCCUAUAGAAAAGUAUAAUCACUAUUUCAAUUAAACCAAAACUUGAAGGUUAAAAACUCUUUUUCUGAUACAAACAGCUUGGUGCACAUAAGAAUUAUCGAGCAUCAUCAAAAAUUGCCAAUUAUAUUAACAAUCUCGAUUCCAUAGUAAGAGCAGCAUUUGUAGUGGAGAAGUCUCAGGCUUCUUUUCGAUUUAUCUCUUGUCGCAAUUCUAAAGCAUAAGAGAAUCUUAAAUAGAUGAUUAAUAAUUUGAACAAUUUCCAAAAAGAUGAUAAUGGCAUAAAAUACUUCAAUUAAAAUCUACUCAGUUGCCGUUGCAGUUCAAGAUUAAAAUUACCUGCAGUUUCAAGAUAUUACAGAAACCCUUAUAAAUUUCAAUAUGAAUCCAGAACUAUUGAUGUAGAUAGUAAAAUGUCUCAUUCUAUAUAUUACCUUUGA